CCUCUGUGGGUCUUUUCGCGGUGCGGGGUCGGCUUGGUGUGGUGUGUGGAGGAGGCCCAGACCAGACGGCGCGGAGCUGGGAGCGAGAGUAGGCGGUCUUGCUAAAUUGCUGAGACUGGCCUCCAAUUGGUGAUCCUUCUGCUUCAACCUCUCCUGAGUCUCUGGGAUUACAGUGGUAUCACAUCUAAAACAUGGCUACGGAUUGGCUGGGCAGUAUUGUGUCCAUCAAUUGUGGAGAUAGCUUGGGUGUCUAUCAGGGAAGAGUAUCAGCAGUGGAUCAGGUCAGCCAGACCAUUUCUCUCACCCGGCCUUUCCACAAUGGAGUGAAGUGUCUUGUGCCAGAAGUCACCUUCAGGGCAGGUGAUAUAACAGAAUUAAAAAUUCUGGAGAUACCAGGUCCUGGAGAUAACCAGCAUUUUGGAGACCUUCAUCAGACAGAAUUAGGUCCCUCUGGUAUUGGCUGCCAAGUAGGUAUCAAUCACAAUGGCAUGGGCAAGUUGGUCAAGAAGCCAGUCUCUUCCAGCAGUGCCCCUCAGAACAUCCCUAAGAGGACAGAUGUGAAGAGCCAAGAUGUGACCAUUUCUCCCCAGCAGCAGCAGUGCUCAAAGAGCUAUGUGGAUAGGCACAUGGAAUCCCUGAGUCAGUCCAAAAGUUUCCGUCGGCGGCACAACUCCUGGUCAUCUAGUAGCAGGCACCCAAAUCAGGCAACUCCAAAGAAGAGUGGUUUGAAGAAUGGCCAAAUGAAGAAUAAAGAUGACGAGUGCUUCGGGGAUGAUAUUGAGGAGAUCCCAGACACAGAUUUUGAUUUUGAAGGGAACCUGGCCCUUUUUGACAAGGCAGCUGUGUUUGAGGAGAUUGAUACCUAUGAGAGGAGAAGUGGUACCCGUCCCCGGGGCAUCCCAAAUGAAAGGCCUACUCGGUACCGCCAUGACGAGAACAUCCUGGAAUCAGAGCCCAUUGUUUACCGACGGAUCACAGUACCCCACAAUGUGAGCAAGGAAUUCUGCACAGACUCUGGCCUGGUGGUCCCAAGUGUUUCCUAUGAACUGCAUAAAAAGCUAUUAUCUGUAGCUGAGAAGCAUGGGCUGACCUUGGAGCGGAGACUGGAGAUGACAGGUGUAUGUGCCAGUCAGAUGGCGCUUACCCUUCUUGGAGGACCUAAUAGGUUGAAUCCUAAGAAUGUUCACCAGAGGCCCACAGUGGCUUUGCUGUGUGGGCCCCAUGUGAAGGGGGCUCAGGGUAUUAGUUGCGGAAGGCACCUAGCCAACCAUGAUGUGCAGGUCAUCCUUUUCUUGCCCAAUUUUGUCAAGAUGCUAGAGUCCAUCACCAACGAGCUGUCUCUUUUCAGCAAGACCCAGGGUCAGCAAGUGUCUAGCCUCAAAGAUCUGCCCACUAGCCCUGUUGACCUGGUCAUCAACUGCCUGGAUUGCCCAGAGAAUGCCUUUCUGCGGGAUCAGCCCUGGUACAAAGCAGCCGUGGCCUGGGCCAACCAGAACCGGGCACCAGUACUCAGCAUAGACCCUCCUGUGCAUGAAGUCGAACAGGGCAUCGAUGCCAAAUGGUCACUGGCACUGGGCCUGCCUCUGCCACUGGGGGAGCACGCAGGCCGUGUCUAUUUGUGUGACAUUGGCAUUCCCCAGCAAGUCUUCCAGGAGGUGGGCAUCAACUACCAUUCACCCUUUGGCUGCAAGUUUGUCAUCCCUCUACAUUCUGCCUAGAGGGGCCCUGGGCAGACUGGACUCUGCAGUCCCUUGCUCCUGCCACCAAACCUGACGAUGAACGCCUUAAGGAUGUGAAGCUUCAUGGACCUUAUUGUUAAGUUUUUCUUUGUUUCUUCUGUAAAAGAACAGAACAUACUUAAACCUGACCUGUCACUUGCCCGUGGCUAGGGAAGGAAGGCUUUCCCACUGGGUGUGGGGCGGGGUCAGGCUGAGCACCCCAGCUCCAGGUGUCUCUGCACCUAGCUGGCCCUGAGUGCCAGGUGGGGUUUUGUUUACAGACAUAGGCAGCUCUGAGACUGUGUUUCAGGUUUACAGCCCUUGGGCCUGCAUGAGCGCCUUGGGGGUUGGGCCAGGUUCUGGAGGGGGCCUACACCUGCUUUAUUUUAUAGCUUAUGGCAUACUGUCUCCUCUGCUUCCUCCCACCAAGCAGCCCUUCUAAUCAUGUAGACCAGGCUGCAUGCAGCUGACUGCCAGAGGGUAGGCCUGUGCUCUCCAUCCGUUUUGAGGGCUGUGGCAGCUUAGGCCUUCCCUCUGCCCUACCACAGAUUUUGACCUUUCUCUUGAGCGGAUCCAAACUUUACACUGGGAUUUUUCUUUGGGUCUUUCCACUUCAUUUUGAGAGGCAGGGAAAGGGAUGCAUCUGGAUGGUGUUAACUGUUGGGAUUUUUAAGCUGGUUUUCUGUUGUCUUCAGUACAAGGUCACAUGUUACCAUAGUGCCCAUCUUGCCAGCAGUGCCCACCCCCUAGCUGAGGGUUGACUCCUCAGUGUGCAGCUUUAACGUCCAGGAUUCGGAAAGCCCUGGGGGAGCCUGGUGCUGAGCCAUAGGAGGCUCCCUGGUGCUUCAGUCCUAGGCCACCACUUGCUGCCUCCUUGCCUGUACUUCCAUGUGCCCAUUUCCUGAAAUGGUCCUCUGCAGCUGUUGUCCCAGAGCAGGGUCCCUCUCCUGCCUGGACUCCACCCUUGCCCUUACUUCUGGGCUUUGAAUCCUUUCAGGUCGUCUACUCUAGAUACAGACUUGGGGCCAGUGGCCCAUCUCAGAUACUCAAAUGAGGCUGGUUCUGUAUGAGCUGGUGGUGGGGCGUGGCCAUGGGAGCACCUACUACUCAGAUCUUAAGAAACCAAGCCCCAGUACAUGCCUGGUCCCUGGAGGCUGGCAGGACAAGAUCCAUAUCUGGAGAGCUGGCCAGGUCCCUUACAAAAAGCUUUAAAGCCUUUGGUUUUGUUCUGUAUGCAUCACUUGUUGAAGAGUGCAUGGGCUGGCUUGCCAAGGAUUGUGGACACAGUAUAGGCCCUGGUGUUGUAGGUUUUCAGGCUGCUUAUCACUUUUCUUUCCAAAUAGGGCAGAGGGCUGGUCCCUCCUUUCCUCUCAUUAACCCUCCAGUGUUGUCUCCAGUGGUGUGAAGAGGCCAGGGACUGGGACCCUUGUGCUGUGUAUCCUUCCUGAGCCCUCUGCUCAGUCUCAGGGACAAGCUCCCAAGAUGAGACCCUCUUUCUGUAGAAGCAAGGCCAGUCUGGGGAGCAGUCUGUAUGACAGGCAUUUUAGCAGUAGUUACAGGUUCUGGUUAUCUGGAAAUACAGGCCCCCUGACUGGGUGUAGUGGAGAAUUAGCUAAAUUCUGGUCCUAAAGACUGUUAAUGCCAAUAAUUUGUCUCUGGGGUGAUGGCCUUGUUGAGGGGCCACUGGGAGUUUGUGCCCAAACCUCUCCCUGCUUCUGCAAGUGGCACUAGAUCUUCUCCUUGCCCUCAGCCUGUACAUCCCCAUAGGUAUUAAAGAUGGAUGCAAUUCCUCUACCUUCAGCCCUCUUGGGAGGCAUCCUGCCCAGUGGCCAGUCCCAAGAGCCUCAGUCAGGUGGUCAAGUCUAUCACUCAUGCAGCUUUUGGGAACCAAAAACCAGCACUACAAUAAAGCUGAAUGACCGAG